GGAUAUUUGGAAGAUGGCGGAUUACGAUGUUGGAGUGAGAAAACCCUGCAGAAUUUGUGGUAGACAGUUUGUUCCAGAAUCAUUGGCCAAGCAUGAACCUAUUUGUAGAAAGACUGCAGCAAAAAAGCCUAAAGUAUUUGAUUCAGCCAAACAAAGAGCUGAGGGUACAGAAGUCAGCUAUAAACAGAUAAAACAGUCUCAGAAAAAGGUUGUAAAACCUCCAAAAUCCAACUGGAGAUUGCAGCAUCAAGACUUUAUCAAUACUGUGAGAGCAGCUAGGGGUGUAACACAGGCUUUAGAAAGAGGAGAUCCCCUACCUCCUCCUCCCCCUCCUUCCAUUAACCCAGAUUAUGAGCAAUGUCCUUACUGUGCCAGAAGAUUUAAUGCAAAAGCUGCUGAGAGGCAUAUAAACUUUUGUAAGGAACAACAAUCUAGGAUACCUAACCGGGCAACUAAGGGUGAUCCCAAUGCUAAAGCUAAAAUGAUGGCUCGUAACACGUAUCAGGCACCUAAGCCAAAGACAAAAGCAAGCCCAGGAGGAGCAGGAGAUAGUCCAGGGUAUGGCAGGGCACCAGCAUCUCAACCAGGAGUUGGUAGAACUCCCCCUGGUGCUAGUAAUGGUUACGGUAGAGGUGGCACCAGCACUAGAGGGCGUUCUACUGGAACAACAUCAUAUCAGGACAUCCAUGAGGAGCAAGCUAUAGAUCCACAGCCACACAAACCAUGGGCCAACCGUGUGUCUUUUCAACCAAGUUUUUUAGAACCUCUCGAUGAAGUUGUUCACACGGUAAAAAUUGUGAUCUAA